AUGACAAUCCCGCUCACUUGCGUCCUUCUAUUGCUUUUGCAUGGUGUGCUUGGCGGUCCUUUAGGGAAGUAUGCUCGGGUCGUGGAUUCUAAGACAGCAGCCAAUACAACUUACGACUUCAUUAUUGUCGGUGCAGGAAUUGGAGGGUUGACCGUUGCUGAUCGACUUACCGAAAAGCCAAACACAUCCGUAUUGGUUGUGGAGUAUGGUCCCUUUGAUCAAGGAGAAGAUUCUGUUCUGGUUCCUGGAUCAUAUUUCCCUGUCCCAUAUUUCUGGCCAAAUAUUUUCAGUACCCCGCAGCGAGGGCUCAACAAUGGCACAUACUUCGUUCCAAUGGGCCGAGUAGUUGGAGGUGGAUCCACGAUCAACGCGAUGUUCUUCCUUCGCUGCCCAGCAGUGGAUUACAACUCCUGGGAAGAACUCGGAAAUCGUGGCUGGGGAUGGGAAGAUCUCCUCCCGUAUUUCAAGAAAAGUGAAACUUUCACCCCUCCAGAAGCAGCAUUCGCGAAGAAGUACAACAUUACUUGGGACAGCUCAUACCACGGCAACAACGGUCCUGUACAAGCAAGUUACGCUCCAUACGGUUAUCAAUCCAGUGCAAACUUCUGGAAUGCCGCAACAGAUCUUGGAAUAGCCCCUCGAAGAGAUCCCAAUGCAGAGACGCUACUGGGCUCUUCUGGCUCCUCAAAGCUCUAGAUCCAGUCGCUAGAAUCAGAUCUUAUUCAAAGACUGUCCACUACGAUCGAAUCAAGAGUUCUCGACCUAAUUAUCAUUUAUUGCCUGGGCAUGCAGUCAC